AUGGUUGAACUAUACCCUUCUUUGGUGCAAUGCGCCAUUGUCGCAACUGCCUUCAAGGUGCUGCUUUUCCCCGCAUACAAAUCAACCGACUUUGAGGUCCAUCGCAAUUGGCUCGCCAUCACCCACUCCCUACCGGUUCAAGAAUGGUACUACGAGAAAUCCUCGGAAUGGACCCUCGAUUACCCACCGUUCUUUGCGGCAUUUGAAUGGCUCAUGUCGCAGGCUGCUGUAUAUGUGGACCCGGCCAUGGUGGUUGUGAAAAACCUGGGCUAUGAAUCCUGGCAGACCGUCUACUUCCAGAGAACUACUGUCAUAUUGACGGAGCUGGUGCUUAUCUACGCACUUAGUCGAUUCGUCAAAUCCACACCUCUGCCGAACAAAAAUGCUGCACAUGUGGCCAGUCUCUCUAUCCUGUUGUCGCCGGGUCUCUUCAUCAUUGAUCAUAUCCACUUCCAAUACAAUGGGUUCAUGUAUGGAAUCUUGAUCCUUUCUAUCGUUCUGGCCCGGAAGCAGUCCACCCUCCUUUACAGUGGUAUCCUUUUCGCAGUCCUGCUAUGCAUGAAGCACAUCUACCUAUACCUGGCUCUCGCAUACUUUGUCUAUUUGCUGCGCACCUACUGCCUGGAUGCCAAGUCAAUCUUCAGACCUCGCUUUGGUAACAUUAUCAAGCUUGGGGUCUGUGUGGCUGGGGUUUUUGCAAUCGCCUUUGGUCCAUUUGCGCAAUGGGGCCAGCUGCUGCAACUCAAGGACAGGCUAUUCCCAUUCUCCAGAGGAUUGUGCCACGCAUACUGGGCUCCGAACAUUUGGGCCAUGUAUUCGUUCACCGAUCGAGCGUUGAUACCUCUUGCUCCUCGGCUGGGCCUCCCCGUGAACUAUGAUGCGUUGACUAGUGUGACUCGCGGACUGGUUGGAGAUACCUCUUUUGCGGUUCUUCCUGAAGUCACGAAAGAGCACACAUUCAUUUUGACCUUCGUGUUCCAAUUGGUUCCUCUUAUCAAGGUCUGGCGCAACCCGGGAUGCUGGGAUACUUUCGUCGGCGCGAUAACGCUCUGUGGCUAUUCGUCCUUCCUAUUCGGUUGGCACGUCCACGAAAAGGCUAUCCUGCUGAUCAUCAUCCCAUUCAGUCUCAUCGCACUCAAAGAUCGGCGGUACUUCAGUGCAUUCCGUCCUCUGGCAGUUGCAGGACACGUUUCGCUCUUCCCUUUACUCUUCACGGCGGCCGAGUUCCCUCUCAAGACCGUUUACACGAUUUUGUGGCUGGUUCUCUUCCUCUUCGUCUUUGACCAAGUGGCGCCCGUCUCUCAACGGCCCCGCAUCUUUGUUUUCGACCGGCUGUCACUGCUCUACUUGACAGUCUCUAUUCCUUUGAUUAUCUAUUGCUCACUGGGCCACCAACUCAUCUUCGGUUGGGACCGACUAGAAUUCCUGCCGUUGAUGUUUAUGAGCAGCUACUCUGCAAUCGGUGUUGUGGGAAGCUGGGUAGGAUUCAUGGUGGUUUAUUUCACGGCAUAA